UAACCACUUCGACGCGGCCACUCGGCUUCUGGCUCGGGGACGGCGGCUGGGGUGGCGGCGGUCGCCGCGCCGGUUGGGGGGACGCUGAGGCGGGAGCUGUGGUGGCGCUGGGCGCCCCUCGCUCCUCGGCCUCUGGGGGUCAUGGGCUCAGAGAAGGACUCCGAGUCGCCGCGCUCUACAUCUCUACACGCGGCCGCGCCCGACCCCAAGUGCCGCAGCGGCGGCCGGCGCCGGCGCCUCACCUUCUACAGUGUCUUCUCCUCCUCGGCCCGCGGCCGCCGAGCCCGAGCCAAGCCGCAGUGUUCCGACCAUUUUUACCUUACUGAUAUCUCUUCUGUGUCCUUACCCAGUUACGCUGUCAUUGCCUAUGGCUGUGCCAGCUGCCCAAAGCUGACCUGUGAGAGGGAGGGCUGCCAAACGGAGUUUUGCUACCACUGCAAGCAAAUAUGGCAUCCAAAUCAGACAUGCGAUAUGGCCCGUCAGCAGAGGGCACAGACUUUGCGAGUACGGACCAAGCAUACUUCAGGUCUCAGUUAUGGGCAAGAAUCUGGACCAGAUGACAUCAAGCCGUGCCCACGGUGCAGUGCUUACAUCAUCAAGAUGAAUGACGGGAGCUGUAAUCAUAUGACCUGUGCGGUGUGUGGCUGUGAAUUCUGUUGGCUUUGUAUGAAAGAGAUCUCAGACUUGCAUUACCUCAGCCCCUCUGGCUGCACAUUCUGGGGCAAGAAGCCGUGGAGCCGUAAGAAGAAAAUUCUUUGGCAGCUGGGCACACUGAUUGGUGCUCCAGUGGGGAUAUCCCUCAUUGCCGGCAUUGCCAUUCCUGCCAUGGUCAUCGGCAUUCCUGUUUAUGUUGGCAGGAAGAUUCACAGUAGAUAUGAAGGAAGGAAAACCUCCAAACACAAGAGGAAUUUGGCUAUCACAGGAGGAGUGACUUUGUCAGUCAUUGCGUCCCCAGUCAUUGCUGCAGUUAGUGUGGGUAUUGGUGUCCCCAUUAUGCUGGCUUAUGUCUAUGGGGUUGUGCCCAUUUCUCUCUGUCGUGGAGGUGGCUGUGGAGUUAGCACAGCCAAUGGAAAGGGGGUGAAAAUUGAGUUUGAUGAAGAUGAUGGUCCAAUCACAGUGGCAGAUGCCUGGAGAGCCCUUAAGAACCCCAGCAUUGGGGAGAGCAGCAUUGAGGGUCUGACUAGUGUGCUGAGCACCAGCGGAAGCCCUACAGACGGACUCAGUGUCAUGCAGGGUCCAUACAGCGAAACAGCCAGCUUUGCGGCGCUCUCAGGCGGCACGCUGAGUGGUGGCGUUCUUUCCAGCGGCAAGGGCAAGUAUAGCAGGUUAGAAGUUCAAGCCGAUGUCCAAAAGGAAAUUUUCCCCAAAGACACAGCCAGUCUUGGUGCAAUUAGUGACAACGCAAGCACUCGUGCUAUGGCCGGUUCCAUAAUCAGUUCCUACAACCCACAGGACAGAGAAUGCACCAAUAUGGAAAUCCAGGUGGACAUUGAAGCCAAGCCAAGCCACUAUCAGCUGGUGAGUGGAAGCAGCACGGAGGACUCGCUCCAUGUUCAUGCUCAGAUGGCAGAGAACGAAGAAGAAGGGGGUGGCGGCGGCGGCAGUGUCAGCAACGAAGAGGACCCCUCUUGCAAACACCAAAGCUGUGAACAGAAAGACUGCCCGGCCAGCAAACCCUGGGACAUCAGCCUGGCCCAGCCCGAGAGCAUCCGCAGUGACCUGGAGAGCUCUGACACGCAGUCAGACGAUGUGCCGGACAUCACCUCAGAUGAGUGUGGCUCCCCUCGCUCCCAUACGGCAGCCUGCCCCUCCACUCCCAGAGCCCAAGGUGCACCGAGCCCAAGUGCCCAUAUGAACCUUUCUGCCCCGGCCGAGGGGAAGACUGUCUUGAAGCCAGAAGGUGCAGAAGGCCGAGUAUGAAGUGUAAUGAACACUGCUGUUCUGAGAAGCACA